UCUUACUCUCUCUUCAUUCACACACUCAACUUUCUUCAAUUCAACCCUCCUCAGCCUCUCCAAACAAAUGGCAAAGGCCCACCUCUGGUUCCUCCCACUGGUCCUCUCUGUCCUAUACGGCGCCGGAGCGGCGGAGGUCUCGACGAGCUACAUCCGGGCGUCGUGCAAGGCCACGGAGUUUCCCUCGGUCUGUGUCGAGUCCCUCUCCGGUUACGCCGCCACGAUCCAGCAAAACCCUAAGCAGCUCUGCGAGACGGCCCUGGCGGUGAGCCUGGCGCGGGCGGAGGCGAUGCGAGCAUUCGUGACGAAAAUGAAGAAAUUAAAGGGGCUGAAACCUAGAGAGAACGAGGCGAUCGAGGACUGCUUGGACGAGAUCGGAGACAGCGUCGACCGGAUCGGGAAAUCGAUGAGGGAGAUAAAGGCGAUGGGGAAGGGGAAGGGGAAGGAGUUCCUGUGGCACGUGAGCAACGUGCAGACGUGGGUGAGCGCGGCGCUGACCGACGAGAACACGUGCCUAGACGGGUUCGCCGGCCGGGCGAUGAACCAGAGAAUAAAGGCCUCCGUUAGAGCGAGGGUGAACGACGUUGCGCAGGUCACCAGCAAUGCUCUGGCUUUGGUGAAUCAGUUUGCUUCCAACCAUUAGGAGGCCAUCCAUGGACGAUGGAUUUGAGAAUAUUUUGCGGUUUCAGUUUCAGGGAUGGAUGGAUGGAUGUAUUGUGUUGGCUGUGACUGACAGUGACUCUUUGAGUGUGGGGGUGUGGGAUAUGUGUGUAAUAAAUAGGAACGUUUGUGAGUAUUUUUACAUGUCUUAAGUAAGAAGGUGCAAAACUUGGAAUGGAAGCACAAAAUCUGAUGAGGGAAUAUUUAUAGGGGGACAA